AUGUCUACAUUAGCUAAAAAUAGAGUCAAAAGCUCUUGGACUCCCUUAACUAAUGGAGAAACGAAUAACAAGUUAUUUGAAGAAAGAAAAAAGUUGACUGAGAAAUGGUUUGAGAAAUGGUCAGAAAAGCAACGUGCCAAUGUGCUAUCAUCAUUGCUGCAGCUAUGCACUCAGAAGCAGUUAAGGUAUGUGGACCAAUUUGUAAACAGCAGAUUGCCAACCAAUCAAGAUGACUUCACUCGAAUUCUCCCUCGUGUCAUCACUCUCUACAUCUUUUCAUUUCUAGAUCCCCGAAGUUUGUGCCGAUGUGCUCAGGUUUGUUGGUAUUGGAAACAGUUGUCUGAGUUGGAUCAGUUAUGGCUACCAAAAUGUGUGCGUUUUGGUUGGUAUCUUCCCCACCUUCCAACUCCAUUUGAAACCUGUGUGUGGAAAAGACAUUAUGUGGACCAAAUCCAGAGCUUGAGGCUGUUUAGAACAAAAGCAUCAUCUCCAGAUCUUGAAUUAGAAAAGUUAAAACUAGACAGUAAACGAGAGCAGCGGCAAAACACAUCUAAGCUUUCUUCCAAGAAAACCAAGAAACCUUGGAGGGGUUCAGACCCUCAUCCAAAGGAUAUGAUCCGUUACAACUAUCUGGAUAAUACCGAUGACUACACUAAAAGUUGUAAAGAAGAUUUCUAUAAAACAACAGAAAAACCAAACCUUUCUGCCAUUAGUAAACAGAUACUAAAUGCAACUUACACCAUCAAGUACAGCCAACGGUCAAAAUCACUUUCGAAGUUAAAUUCAACAGACAGGACUUCUGUUUUUUCUGGCCAUGAUUCUAGCAAUAUGGAUCAUUUGUUAAAUACAACCACCACCAUGAACCCAAUGCUUGUCCAAACAGCCGAGAAUUUUACAGACUCAGUGAAGAGACCACCUCCAGUUGUUCAGCAUAAAAAGACACCAAGAGUUCAAUCUGCACGAACACCUCGGGAUCCACCUUCUACUGCUUUAUUUCCUUCUCAGCCAUGGGCAAUUCCAGUUGGUGGUGAUGAAAACACAGACUCAGAUUCCUGA